AUAUGCAAGCUCGUGGGAUAAAGAUAAAGAGAUGCCAGAUGGAAUCCUAAUGCUCCUAUGCAUGAACAGAAAUUGUCUUCGUACCACCAAGCGACUGCAGCAGAGAUGGUGAAAAAUCACACAUCAAUCAAGUGGACCUGCCAUCCUCCAGAGGGGACCCUGAAGCAAAGCUGGUGCCAGUUCCCUCCCACAGGACUCUGUCUCUCCGGAAAGCAGCAGGUAGAGAUGCAAAAGUCUAAAAGCACACUAGAGGCAAUAGAGAAAAAGGGAGCGGAGCAAGUGAAAUGUCAAAUCGAUGAUCAGCUGUAAACACAGACAAUGGUUACUAUGAGGCCGGUUUUCUCCACCGACCAGUACCACCACCGCAACAGAUUUGAUGGAUCUCCCCAGAGCUGAUUGUGGGGGCGCAGCAGAGAGAGAAGUCCCCUCCAACACGACAGUGCCAACUGCCAACCAAGGAGCUCCCCGGAGCGCUCACUCUCUCGAGCAACAUUAUUGAUGGAGCGGAAAGGGAGCGUGCGAGGGCCCCCACGAAAGAAGAGAGUCCCUGCUUCACAGGCCUGUCGGACUUGGUUUGAUCUUUAAAGACAUCUAUUAUAGAUAAACAGACUGUCCUACGCCUGCACAUUUCCCUCAUUAUUAUCUCUCUGAGAUUUCACCCAGACAGAGAGCAGCUGCCUCAUGCCUCCUCCCUCCCUCCUUCCUCAUCUGCUUGGUAAAGGUGAAAGGUGCCCCACGGGGUUAUCUCGGCUGGUAAAGGCGUGGAAGUUUGCCACUGAGAACAUGGGUUCGAGUCCGCAGGGCAACGGGGAUUUAUUCCUUAUCCCUGUGCAAAAAAAGUCUCGGCCCACUGCGUACUUGCCACCGAACUAUCGUGAUUUACCUCCCUCGUGAUGACCCUGGGCAGGGUGCGGCGGGGGCCCUGAGGGCGAGGGUUUCGCCUUUUGCCAUUGGUAAAGGUGAAAGGUGAAAGGUGAAAGGUGAAAGGUGAAAGUAAAGUGAAAUUGUUCCUACAGAAGAAAAAAGUUAAAAAGGGAGAAUUCUGAAUUCCACUUGUGAGCUGCGUGGCCAGAUUAAUUUUUUAUGUAUCAGCCCCUGAACUUUUGUUUACUGCGCCAUGAAUAGACUGUUCUUUACUGCCUUUACUGCACCAUAAAUGAUUAACUCACCAUUUUUAUUCAUUUUGUUGGUUUCGGGAGAAGCCCGCCGUCUUGGCUCCGCCUCGGUCCCCGUCGCCGGCUCUGCCACAGCCACAGUCACAAGAUUCCAAUCUCCAAGAAGCAAAAUAGCUAGGAAACAACCUGUUCAGGUCUAAGAAGAGCUCAGAUACAUACAUAAUACACAUGUACAGGGACCAGACCAAUCCUGCUCCUGGCUUACCACCCAUUUGGAGUUCUGUCUCACCCCGCUUGCCAGCAGAGGCACUGCACCGAGGCAUCGGCAGCAGCAAGGAUCAGCUAAGGUGGCCCAACCUCCUUCUUCGACUCCCCAGGCGCUUGCCAUUGCAAUAAAGGCAGGCAGCCAUCUAUCUUCUUCUUCUUCUUCUUCUUCUCACCUCACAUUAUUACCAUCAUCAGUUAUCACCCCGCCAGCCCCCUCUUCUGAAUCUCCUUCUUCGACUCCCCAGGCUCUUGGCAUUGCAAUAAAGGCAGGCAGCCAUCUAUCUUCUUCUUUAACUUCUUCUUCUUCUCACCUCGAUCGCAUUAUUACCAUCAUCAGUAAUCACCCCCCAGCCGAGGCAGCUACAAGUGUCAGAACUCCCUCCGGAGAGAACUAUCCACCUUCACCUCUAUCUCUAUCCCAUGCACAUAUCUGUCUAUCUGCCUGCCUACCUGCCCCCUGCCUACCUUAAUUCCAAGUGAGGCACUUAUUUAAAGGACCGAGAGCUGUAUGUUUUGCAGCGUUAUGGGCAAAAGAGCAUUGUAAGUCUGGUUUCCGAGAAAGAGGAAGCAGAUCUCCAUCAGAACUCCUCUGAAGAGACAGACCCUCCUCCCUUCUUCAUGCUCGCAGCAAAUCAGAAAGGGGCUGUAUAAAGGGCCGACCUUGGAAGAAUACAGAGGGAAAGCGCAGCCAUUUGCGUUGCCUUCCUCCUCCUCCUCCUCCUCCUCCUCACCUGUGCGUGUCUCCAUGGACUCCCAUCUAUGGAGAGACCGGCAGCAGCAGUCAGAGCACCAGCCCCCUGCGCUUGCUCUGCUCGCGCCUGAGCCCAGCAACAGCAGCAUCAACAAGGCCGCUGUCGCGGCCGCCCAUACUCCCCUCUUUACUCUCCCAAGCGUAGGCUAUUUCACUUUGGCGCAGUGGCAGGAGCUCGAGUUGCAAGCUCUGAUCUACAAGUACAUGCUAGCUGGGGUUUCUGUUCCUGUGGAACUUAUUCUGCCCGUCAGAAGGAGCCUUCUCAGUGCAUCCCCAUACUUCCACUACCCUGAGCUCUAUCACCAUUUCCAGCCAUCCUUGUUGCAAACGAGCUACUGGGGGAAAUGCGGCAUUGAUCCGGAGCCAGGAAGGUGCAGGAGGACGGACGGGAAGAAGUGGAGAUGCUCAAGAGAGGUUGUGGUAGGCCAAAAGUAUUGCGAGCGUCAUGUUCACCGAGGCCGAAACCGUUCAAGAAAGCAUGUGGAAGCCCCCACAACAUCUUCCAUCUCAGUGUUGAAAACUGGCCUUUCCACACCUUCAGUGUUGCUGGCUCAAGAGAACCAUCUCAACCUGCCUAGACCUUUGGCCACACCGAAUACACAUUCUCUGGACCGGAGACAAUCAGGCAUACAAACUGUUGAAAAGAAUCUUCAAGGCAAUUGCCCAAACUUCUACCUCGACGAUCUUCCGGACAAUAAACCUGAAGGCUAUGUGCUCCAGAGGUUCUUGGACGAAUGGCCAAAGUCUCAGCGAGAGAACGAUGACAGCAUCAACUAUGCCAUCCAUCCUGCUUCAACUACUCACCUCUCUAUUUCAGUCCCUGGGAAUCAUUCAUCGGAUUUCUCUCUGAAACUGUCCACUGGAAAUCCUGAGCAACCAAGAGAAAAUAACAACAAUGGCCUUGAAGUACAACAGUUACCCCAACCAAGCAACAAGGGAUCUGGAUGGGUUAGCCAUGGAGAGGCAACUAUGGGUGGUCCACUAGCUGAAGCACUCCGUUCCUCAACCUCAACUCACUCGCCAACUAGUGUUCUGCACAAACCUAAUGGAUCGAUAUAUGAGAUCAGUAUCAUUAGCUCUUGAGAAGCUUCUCUUAGUUGCUUUAAUUUGCUAACUCUAUGGCUAUACAUUUCAUGAUUUGGUAACUUAUCCUAUUUCUAUUCAUUGUAACAUAUGCCAUUCACUCUCAAGUAUUCUCAUUUGUGUGCAUCAUUAAAGUUGGUUUAGCUGAGGCA